AUGCUGUCAGUGGGCAUUCUGCGCACGGAUUGGCCGCGUCGGAUAACCUCGGACAACUGUACCUACUGCAUCCGACAACGCCUCACUGUCACCCUUCCAGCGACCCCCACGACGACGAACACCACCACCGCUGAACAAAUUCCCGACUUCCAGCCGCCCAUUAUCACCAUAAUUCACGCCCCAGCGGCAACGGCGACUACCAUCACCCCCACUUCCACCACCGUCGGGAACACUCCCAACGUCCUACCACCCACCACAACCGCUCCCACCACCAACGACGCAGACUCGACCCGAACCCAUCCCCACUGCGAGCGCACCUUCACACCACGCAUCGGCCCAUACGUCACUUGA